AGAAUAAUUUGAAAUACGAUACAGUGAAGACGAAGAGUUCGGUGAGAAUCGAAGCGAUUAUUAUCCUGCGAUAUUGAAGAGUUAUUGUGUGAAAUAAGUUAUUUAAUUCAAAAUGCCCGCAGUUGGAAUUGAUCUUGGUACAACAUACUCUUGUGUUGGAGUUUGGCAACAUGGAAAUGUGGAGAUCAUCGCAAACGACCAAGGCAACCGUACUACACCAUCAUAUGUUGCUUUUACGGACACAGAGCGUCUGAUUGGUGAUGCAGCGAAGAAUCAAGUGGCUUUGAACCCCAACAACACAGUUUUUGACGCGAAACGGUUAAUUGGACGCAAGUUUGAUGACCAAAAAAUUCAACAGGACAUGAAACAUUGGCCUUUCAAAGUCAUCAAUGAUUGUGGCAAACCAAAGAUCCAGGUGGAAUUUAAAGGAGAAAUGAAACGAUUUGCACCGGAAGAAAUCAGCAGUAUGGUUUUGGUAAAAAUGAAGGAAACGGCUGAAGCGUAUAUUGGAUCGACAGUUCGAGACGCCGUCAUCACAGUGCCUGCCUACUUCAAUGAUUCACAGCGCCAGGCUACCAAGGACGCUGGAGCCAUUGCCGGUUUGAAUGUACUACGUAUCAUCAAUGAACCCACUGCAGCCGCGCUGGCGUAUGGCUUGGAUAAGAACUUGAAGGGUGAACGCAAUGUUUUGAUUUUCGAUCUUGGUGGCGGCACCUUCGACGUAUCGAUACUAACGAUCGAUGAGGGAUCACUGUUUGAAGUGAAAUCGACGGCUGGUGAUACACAUCUCGGAGGUGAGGACUUCGAUAAUAGGCUCGUUAACCAUCUUUCAGAAGAGUUUGUACGCAAAUACAAGAAAGAUCUGCGUUCCAACCCACGCGCAUUGAGACGCCUCCGCACCGCCGCCGAACGCGCGAAACGCACUUUGUCAUCUAGCACUGAGGCCACCAUUGAAAUUGAUGCCCUUUAUGAGGGAAUAGAUUUCUACACUCGUGUUUCACGUGCUCGCUUUGAAGAAUUGAACGCUGAUCUCUUCCGUGGUACCCUAGAACCAGUGGAGAAAGCUUUGAAAGAUGCCAAAAUGGACAAGAGUCAAAUUCACGAUGUCGUGCUCGUCGGUGGGUCAACUCGCAUUCCUAAGAUCCAGACACUGCUACAGAACUUCUUCUGCGGCAAGAAACUUAACUUGUCUAUCAACCCCGACGAGGCUGUGGCAUACGGAGCUGCUGUUCAGGCUGCCAUCUUGAGCGGUUCAAAUGAUGCUAAGAUCCAGGAUGUGCUCCUAGUCGACGUCGCGCCACUAUCUCUUGGUAUCGAGACAGCGGGAGGAGUCAUGACUAAGAUCAUCGAGAGGAAUAGCAAGAUUCCCUGCAAGCAAUCUCAAACAUUCACCACCUACUCUGACAACCAGCCCGCUGUUACCAUUCAAGUGUACGAGGGAGAGCGAGCGAUGACGAAGGACAACAACCUCUUGGGCACAUUCGACCUCACUGGUAUUCCACCGGCACCGCGUGGAGUUCCGAAGAUCGACGUCACUUUCGAUUUGGACGCUAACGGUAUCCUCAACGUGUCUGCAAAGGAGAACAGCACGGGUCGUAGCAAGAACAUUGUCAUUAAGAACGACAAGGGCAGGCUAUCACAGGCAGAGAUCGACAGGAUGUUGGCAGAAGCGGAACGCUACAAGGAGGAGGAUGAGAAACAGCGACAGAGGGUAGCAGCGCGCAACCAGCUCGAAUCUUAUGUCUUCAGCGUACGACAGGCGCUGGAUGACGCUGGAGCGAAAUUGAGUGAGGACGACAAGAAUUCUGCUCGCCGCGAGUGCGACGAGGCACUGCGUUGGCUUGACAAUAACACUCUGGCGGAGCAGGAAGAAUAUGAACACAAGUUGAAAGACCUUCAGCGAGUUUGCUCGCCCAUCAUGAGCAAGCUUCACGGAGCUGGUGCUGGAGCUGGAGGCAUGCCUGGCACUGGUCCACAACAACACGGCAGUGGACCGACUGUCGAGGAAGUCGAUUAAACCUAAACCAAAUAUCAACCCUAUUUUUGUUUUAAGCGAUCUGAUCAGUAAUGUGAUACUAUGUUUUAAGACUGAUAUUUAUUUGGCUGCAGUGUGUGAUCAUCUGUUGAUUUAAAAAUAAUAAAUUAAGUUACAUAAAUUUG